UUCGUUGUGCAUGAUGGGAAUUGCAUAUGGCGGUCCUACAAGUGGGAUUUUGGGUUUUGCUUUAGUUUUAUGCCCAGUAUUUCUAUAAAUUUGCAGCUGAUACCACAAAACUUCAACGCACCUGAAGGUAUUCGAGUGGUGGUUGUUGGCAGGAGAUUUUUGAGUUUGCAAUGAGACGGUUCCUUGAAGAACGACUGGUGCUUUGGUGAUGUACGUUGUGUCACUGUUGUUUGGAGCUAGCUGCUGCUGCGUGACUCUUUCAAACUUCUUCUAAACCUUGAAGGACGAAGAGUUCUACAGAUCAGACACGGUUUCCUGAACACCAAGCCCAGAAGAAGGAUGUUCAGUCGUGGCAGUAGUCGCAGCGGCAGCCCUGCCAGCAGCGGUGGGUCCCAGGUCCCCUCCCCCUCCCCACACCACAAGAUCCCUCCCCUGCCUGACAACAACAGUGAGUUUGACUACUUCGACGACACCCACUCCUCGGAGAUCCUGAGCUUACUGAACGAGCAGCGCCUGCAGAAUGAGUUCACGGAUGUCGUGGUGUGCGUGGACAAGCACGAGUUCCCCUGCCACCGCGCGGUCCUGGCGGCAAGCAGUCCUUACUUCAACGCCAUGUUUUCUAUCGAGAUGCGAGAGAGCAAACAGGACAAGAUCAUGCUGGAGGAAGUGCAGCCAGAAGGAAUCAAACUUCUUGUAGACUUUGCUUACACAGGAAGAGCCAAGAUAACCAAGGCCAAUGCCCAGGCACUACUUGAGGCAGCCUGCAUGUUCCAGUAUACCAAGAUGCGGGAUGCCUGUGGUACCUUCUUGGAGAAAAACCUGGACCCCUCCAAUGUGUUAGCCAUCGUGAACUUGGCAGAUGCCCUGUGUUGUCGGGACCUACAUCGUAAGUCGAUGCGGUAUGCUCUACAGAAGUUUUCAGCCGUCGCACGACAGGAAGAAAUGCUGUCGCUCUCGAAGGAGGAGAUCGUCAACUACCUGUCUCAUGACAACCUGGAGGCCCAACAUGAGGAGGCCGUGUUUGAGGCUGCCACGCGAUGGCUCCGUCACGACUUCAAAUGUCGCAAGGCCUUCGCUGCAGAGGUGCUGUCUGCAGUCCGCUUCCCAUUCCUCCGCCCCACGUACCUCCUGAGUGCCGUGGAAGGGGACUCCAUCAUACAGAAUGACAAGAGCUGCCGUGCUCUGGUGGAGGAAGCCAAAAGGUUCCACUUGCUUCAGAUGGAGGGGAGAGGGUUGGAGUCCCCGCGGACGAAGCCUCGUAGCUGUGUGGGGUCAGAGGUCAUCUUCAUCGUGGGGAGUUCAGACAAGGUGGUGUCCAACCUGGACGAUGUACGAUGUUACCACCCUGAGUCCAAAGAAUGGUACAUCCUGCCCAAUCUUCCCAGCAAGUAUGUCAUGAGAAGUGUGGUGGCUCUCAAUGAUGACGUGUAUGUCAGUGGUGGCAUGUUGAACGGACUGUCGACAGAUGAGGUGUGGAAGUACUCGUCCCGUACGGGGAUCUGGAACAAAGACUCUCCCAUGCGCCAGGCCAGGGAUGCACAUGGCUCAGCUGUGGUGGAGGGCAGUAUUUAUGUGGUUGGAGGUGAGGCAUCUGGUGCUAUCCUCAACAGUGUGGAGCGGUUUGACCCUCUCACUAACAGAUGGGAGGACGUCCCUCCACUGGUAAAGGCAGUGUUUGGCUGCUCGGUUGCUGCACAUCGUGGGAAACUGUACGUGAUUGGAGGAGUGGCCAACAAUGGCAGCAACAUGCAGUCCCACCUGAUACAGUGCUACUCACCGGAAACUCGGAUAUGGACCUCCAUCGAAUCCCCGCUCGUGGACAACAAGGCUGCGCCGACGGCAGUCCUGAACGAUAACAUCUACAUCAUUGGGGGAUUCUCUAGCAGCUGUACCGUGUACGAACCUGGAACAAACAACAUCCAGCGUGUGGCGGACAUGCAUGUUCCACGUGCCUUACAUGGGUCUGCUGUGGAAGGGAACAAGGUGUAUGCCAUCGGGGGGUUACCCGAUGUGGGAAAACCUCCACAUGACACCAUGGAGUGUUAUGAUCCUGCCACUGACACAUGGGAAAUACAGGCUGCACUUCCCAAGGCCAUCAUAGUCCAUGGUUGCUGCACGAUUAGGAUGAACAUUGCAACGCUUGAAGAUAGAAAACUGCCAUUAAAGGAUGGACAGUCAAAUUCCCAGCAGAAUACAUAGUCAAGACAAAAUCUAUACUGGUAUGACUUGUUUAAAAGUGAGUUAUCAAAACAGUUCCUAUUCAGUCUUGUGUUGUCUACACAUAUUACAUGAGGUGCUUGGGUACUGUUAUCAUGAUUAACAUAUAACAUAUAACCACUUCAUAUAACCAGACCAUAUAUCUACAGAUGUCACUAUGUCUUGACUGUUCCCACCAGAGAGAUCUGCUGCAUCGAAAGUGCUCAAACUUGACAACUUGACCAUAAACCAUAAUAAAACUCAAAUUCUGAAAUUCUACAAAGUGUACCAAAAUUUCCAUUGAUGAUUUGGUUCAAUUAUUGUUUUAUUGAAAACUGUUAGGCCAUGUACACACAUUGUGCAACUGUGACUGUAAGACAUAGACACUAAAAUGUAUACUAUGAUAUUAUGUACCAUGUGUUUGCUAUGGCUUACAUGACAAGUAAGACCAAAUGAAUUUUUUGUUUGAUUCACAUAUCACCAAUGUGCAGAGACUGUGGAAUGGGUACUGUAGAAUAACACAUGUACAACUCUGUAGUCAAAACAAGCACUAGAUGUUAACACCUAAGAUGUUAAGUUCAGCAUAUCUUACUUGUACAUUUUGUAAUUAGGUGUCAGGUUGAUAAACCACGAGAUAACAUCAAUGGAUAAAGGGUUCAAUUCUCUAAUUUUGAGAUGUAUGUGUCCAUUAUUUGUUAGUUCCUGCACUUCCUGUUUUGUAUAACCCAUGUACAACACAAAAGUAAUCAGAACUACAUUUACCACGUAGCAAUUUAUUGUGAUUUUUAUUAACCCCACAACAAACCUACCAUAUCUAAUAACUUUUGCUUGAUAUGUACAUAUAUUCUCCUUUUCUGUUUUGUUCCACUUACAUGUACUUGUAUUCUUUAAUCACCCAAUGUUACUACUAUGAUUCUCCAGUGAUUGGAGACUUGCCAGCUUGGUAACCAUUCUCAGCUUGCAGUGAAUGGAUAUUUUACCUGCCCCAGGCGUAUUAAGCUUAUGCCUUUUUCUGACAGCCUAUCUUUCCAGCCGGCCUUUCUGAUAACUUCUUGAACAAAGUAAUUGAAAGCAACAUCGUUAAAUAAAAAUUACGAGCUGAAAUUACCGACAAGAGCUAAAGGGCCUGGGCAGGCAGGUAACACUCCCAACACUGUAGGGAUAUCAGGGAGCUUCUGAAUGUAUGGUUACUGGGCUAAUUUGGAACCAAUUCAAACUGUAGUGCUGUUGUGUAAUGAUCUAAUCUCCCAACAGAUCCUAUAGUGGCAUAAGAUAGUAUCCUAAAGCAAGGAGUGUCAAAUAACACGGCAAAUGACACUCAGCCGGCUAAACUCCUUGGCCAACUUUAUGAUACUGUCUUAUGCCACCACAGGAUUUGCUGGGAGAUUAUAAUGAUCCAUUUUGGGCCUCAAAAUACUCAGGUGACAUAUGUUGUAUUAAAAUGAGAUGAACAGGGAUAAUCUAUCUAUAAUCUAGUUAUGAUGUUUAUCAGUUACAACUUUAAGACAUUUGUUUGAAAAAUGGAACCAUGGAGACAAUAUGUGCAAGUCAUUCUGUGCAGCUGUAUUAACAUUUAAAAUAUAUACUGCAUAUUCAUGUUGGUGCAAUGUGUAUAAUUUGAGCAUAGCAUUUGUUUUUGAGGGUUCAUUAUGAUCAUAACAAAAAUGCAGCAACUAACAUUUUAUUCAUUUAGGUCUUGUUGGAAAACCAGUUGGGUCUCUACUCUUCUUGUGUUUGAUACUUGCCACUAUAAUUAAGUACAUGUAUAAAGCAUUUUUGCAGAAUGCUAGACCUGCUCAUGUUAAAAAGUGGGCUUGCGUAAGUGCGAAAAGUGUAUACCAUGAGAUGCUUAGUUACAUGUCAGUCCAUUUCCAUUGUUAAGUGCUAUAUGUUAAACAUGUACAUGGCAACAACAACAAAAAUCUUGCUUUGGGAAGUACAGUAACCAUUAAGUCACUUCUGCUGGAUGUAGGCUACAUAAUGUAUGUUGUUAUCAUUGCCGUAGGUUUAUAUUCAUAUGUGGCAUACACAAUAUCUGGCUAACUCCUGAAGUAACUAAUAAACUCUUCUCAAAACAGUGUCAAA